GACGACGAUGCCUACCUGUCCCCGAUACGAAGUCCGUAGACCAGGACAAUAAUUGCAGGCUCGGUGUGACAGAUAUAGAGAAUCGACCAAACUCGCCUGCAUAGAUCGAGCAAACCACGAACGGAGAUCCGUCGAAGGCAUCCGUUUGAACUUCACGCAUAAAUACAUAAACUCCCAUGUUUAUCUGCGUCGCAAAGAUCGUCAAAUAACAAACAGCAACAAUGGAGUUGACCGAAGAGCUCUUUGUCAACCGUAUAAAGUCCAUGUACGAAAGGAGCCUCGAUGAGCACGAGAACAGCUUCUUCGACGCCCAGCUGCAAGACAAAGUCCGCUUCCAUUCUGCUUCCCUCGCCGCUCCUGUUCGUGCUACUUUUCGUUCCGUUGUCACUUUAUCCAUGUGUAAUAGACUUGAAAGCUUGCACGGCGGCUGCGCCGCGACCCUCAUCGAUGUUCUCACAUCCGUUAUUCUCCUUGGUCUCGGAAAGCCGGGAAUGUUCUCAUACGGCGGUGUCACUCGGUCUUUGGAUGUGAAAUAUCUGCGACCAGUGCCAGAGGGUGUGGAGAUGGAGAUUAUCUGCGAGUUAGUCAACAUGGGCAAGAGACUGGCAAUGUUGCGGGGGGAGAUCCGCAGGGUGGAUAAUGGGGAUCUGUGUGUGGUGGGGAUGCACGAUAAGGCGAACACAGACCCAGUGGUGCAGAGACUGUAACGAUAGGUACUGCUGCUGCAUCCGGAGGAUACCCAAUAGGCUUAAGCAUCUUUCGAUGACUUUGUCCAGGAGCGGAUAUUAUAUAUAUAUACAUAAUAUUCUACUGUUUAUUUCGGCUGUCU